AUGACGACACUGCGGAGUGACACCCGGCCUCAGGACGCCCCUGAUCCAUGCAUUGGAUUAUCCUGCGUGGAAGGUCAUCGUCAACCAUCAGGGAGGAACCAAAAGUCUUGCUGGGCCGGAGUUAGCCUAUCCUUGGCAGAACUUCAGGGGCAGAAUGCCCAAUACAUGGACCACCUGGACCCCAGCGUCAGCAACAAACUGGACAUGUUUGUCUCUGGGCACAGAGAUCCUCCAUCUGAAGCAGAAGUAGAUGAUGAAGAAUUGCAUGAAACUGAAAUAGGAAAGACGCUUGCUAGUAAAACUCCAUCAAUACCAGAAACCACACACUCAAACAUUGUAGACUCUACCUCGGACACUUGGUUAGAUCUCCAUCCUGGUGCAACAGAGUUUCCGACCACAUUUUCCACACGGACGACAGAAAAUGCUGAAAUGACCUCACCGGUGGAUCUCAAAUAUGACGACUCAUCUGAAGAUGACAAAGUAUCCUCUUCAGAAAACACAUGUAAUGGAGACUUAUCUCGAGAAGAAAUGAGAAAAUUUGCAGAUGCCAUGAUGACAUUUAGCAAAGACCUCCUAAAGCAAGUUUACUUGGAAUCCACGAGCCCCAAUGUGGUUGUGUCACCUUUAAGCAUUGCUCUGGGGCUCUUACAUUUGACUUUAGGUGCGGAGAAGGAAACGGAAAAAGAGCUGUUGCAGACACUCCAUGUGGAAUCCCUUCCGUGCCUUCAUGAAAAGUUGCAGAAAAUCUCAAAGCGGCUUGUGCAGACCGCCCUAAGUAUAGCUGCUCGCAUCUACGUCCAGAAAGGUUUUCAAAUUAAAAAAUCUUUCCUUGAGAAGUCUGAGAAACUCUACAGAUCAAAGCCGGUGAAUUUGGGCCCAAGCAUGAAGGAGAAUGUGAAAUCCAUUAACAAGUGGGUCAGUGAUGCAACUAAAGGCAAGAUCACAAACUUUCUGACGAGUAUCCCAGAAGAGGUUGUGCUAAUACUUCUGAAUGCUAUACAUUUCAAAGGUAUCUGGAAAAAUAAAUUUGACCCCAGCCAGACUUCCGAAGAUACAUUUUUCGUAAACGAUGAGGAGAGUAAGUUGGUGGAUAUGAUGCAUGCAGCUUUAUAUCCUCUGAGUUACCAUAUGGUUGAAAAGUUGGAUAGCCAGGUGGCCAGGCUGCCUUUUAAAGGAAACAUGAGUUUUGUCAUAGUAAUGCCUUAUCAGACGGAGUGGAAUGUCUCAAAUAUACUGGAUAAGCUGAAUAAAAGUGAACUUUACAGUCGUUUCCACAAGCAGAAACCAACUACACUAAAAGUUCCUAAGCUGAAUCUGAACUUUAAACUUGAACUUACACGGGCCCUGUCUAAUCUCGGACUUGGCAAGCUGUUUACAGACCCAGAUUUGGGGAGAAUCUCAAACGAAGAUUUGGUUGUGUCCAGUGUAGAACAUCAAGCUACGCUGGAUCUCAAUGAGGAUGGUGUGGAGGCUGCUGGGGCCACAGCAAUUUUGACUUCUCGCUCUCUGUCAACUUUCAGUGUCAACCGGCCAUUCUUUUUUUUCCUGAUUGAUGAUAACACCGGUGUUGUCCUGUUCUGUGGAUAUGUUCGUGACCCUAAGCCUGACUCUCUAAAAAAGAAGAGAGAGCCUAGUCUCAACCCUGAAAUAAAGUUCCUCCACAAAGGUUCUAUACCAAAAUAGGAUGUUCUAGAUCUUGGAGGGAACUCCAUCAUCCCAUGUAGGGAUGCUUGAUGUGGCCACUGGUGGAUUCUACAUAUGGAACAUUUGGAAGGCGUUUAUUGGUUUAUGAUGAUAGGCAGUGCUUUUUUUU